UGUCAUAAUGCAGUGUUCGGCUUCCCUCGGUCGAGGAAGUUGAUAUAUCUCAGUCGCUGUGAAUCUCCGCGCGGGCGCCUACACUCCUCACUGUCACUGCCGCUUCAGUGAUAAACAACUCGGCCAGAUUCUCGAGAGUCUUGCAGAGCAGUGCAACUGUUCCAUCCAUAGUUGGUUCAUCCCAACGGAGGUUCUCAGUCCAGGAUCCGGUCUUGUGUUGUGAAGCAAGUUCUACAAGGCGCAGACCUUGUGGAAGCUUGCAGUGCUCGUGGUUCCAGCGUUGGUAUUUGCGCAGCCAACACCCACGGUCGCCACCUGCAGCAUAAUAGGGAGCCAUACGCCGCGGCAGAAAGACGGGUGCGACACGCACUCGUGAGCUAGAGGAGGGUUGUCGGGCGUGCCGCGGGCGGUGGCCGCGAGCCCGGCAGCAUGGCGACAGUGGAGGGCCGGCCGGCGCAGUAUGGCGUCAGCCUGCGCCAGCUGCGCGAGCUGAUGGAGUCCCGGGGCGCGGAGGGGCUCGCCAAAAUCAACGCGGUCGGCGGACCGCAGGAGUUGUGCAAGAAGCUUUACACAUCGCCCACAGAUGGUCUUAGCGGUACGGCAGCGGACCUGCAGCACCGGCGGGAGGUGUUCGGCUCCAACCUGAUCCCCCCCAAGCCCCCCAAGACCUUCCUCACCCUCGUGUGGGAGGCGCUGCAGGACGUGACCCUCAUCAUCCUCGAAGUGGCCGCCGUCGUGUCGCUCGGUCUAAGUUUCUACAAGCCGCCCGAUGACCCCACUGAUCUCGAUGACCCUGCUCACUUAGACGAGGAGGAGGGUCACUACCAGUGGAUCGAGGGUCUGGCCAUCCUGAUCUCGGUCAUCGUGGUCGUCAUCGUCACGGCCUUCAACGACUACACGAAAGAACGGCAAUUCCGAGGGCUCCAAUCGCGGAUAGAGGGCGAGCACAAGUUCGCCGUGAUCCGCGGCAACGAGGUCUCCCAGAUCCCGAUCAGCGAGAUCGUGGUCGGCGACGUGUGCCAGAUUAAGUACGGGGACCUGCUGCCGGCUGACGGGAUCCUGCUGCAGAGCAAUGACCUCAAGGUGGACGAAUCCUCGCUCACUGGCGAGUCGGACCAUGUCAAGAAGGGGGAAUCUUUUGAUCCCAUGGUGCUAUCUGGUACUCACGUUAUGGAAGGCUCAGGAAAGAUGUUGGUGACGGCGGUGGGGGUGAACUCCCAGGCCGGUAUCAUCUUCACUCUGCUCGGAGCCGCCGUCGAGAACCAAGACAAGGAGAUCAAACAGAUGAAGAAAGAAGCUAAAAAGCAACAGAAGAAGGGAACCCAACGCAAGAGCCUUACGGAGGAAGACACGCUCCCAGCGUCAGGAAACAGCCACGGAGCGAACCACGCGCGGCCCGACGACAACCACGUGGCGGCCCCUAGCGACAAGCCCGCCCCCGAGUCCAGCCACAAGAAGGAGAAGUCUGUGCUGCAAGCUAAGCUGACUAAACUCGCUAUUCAGAUCGGUUACGCCGGCUCUACAAUAGCCGUGAUGACGGUCAUCAUCCUGAUCAUCCAGUUUUGCGUGCAAACCUUCGUCAUCGAAGACAAGCCGUGGCGCGCGCAAUAUGUCAACAAUCUGGUGAAGCAUCUCAUCAUCGGUGUGACGGUGUUGGUGGUCGCCGUGCCUGAGGGUCUACCGUUGGCUGUUACGCUGUCUUUGGCUUACUCUGUUAAGAAAAUGAUGAAAGACAACAACUUGGUGCGACACUUGGACGCUUGCGAGACCAUGGGCAACGCCACCGCCAUCUGUUCGGACAAGACCGGAACUUUAACAACAAACAGGAUGACAGUGGUGCAGUCGUACAUCUGCGAGAAGCUGUGCAAGGUCACUCCGAACUUCCGGGAUAUCCCGCCAGAGGUCGGUGAGGCGCUGGUCGAAGCUAUCUCGGUGAACAGCGCCUUUACUUCUAGGAUUAUGCCUUCCCAAGACCCGACAGUAACCAUGCAAGUCGGCAACAAGACCGAAUGCGCUCUCCUCGGAUUCGUGCUAGCCCUAGGCCAAAGCUACGAGGCGGUUCGGGAGAGGAACACCGAAGAGUCGUUCACUCGAGUGUACACGUUCAACUCGGUGCGCAAGAGCAUGAGCACGGUGGUGCCGCACAAGGGCGGGUACCGGCUGUACUGCAAGGGCGCCUCCGAGAUCGUGCUCAAGAAAUGCGCCUUCAUCUACGGCCACUCCGGCCGUCUGGAGAAGUUCACCCGAGACAUGCAGGAGCGUCUGGUGCGACAGGUCAUCGAGCCCAUGGCGUGCGACGGGCUGCGCACCAUCUCCGUGGCCUACCGCGACUUCGUGCCCGGCAAGGCCGAGAUCAACCAGGUGCACAUAGACCAGGAGCCGAACUGGGACGACGAGGACAACAUCGUGAACAACCUCACGUGCCUGUGCGUCGUCGGUAUUGAGGACCCCGUCAGGCCUGAGGUGCCAGAAGCGAUCAAGAAGUGCCAGAAGGCGGGCAUCACGGUGCGCAUGGUGACGGGAGACAACGUGAACACGGCGCGCUCCAUCGCGGUCAAGUGCGGCAUCCUGAAGCCCACCGACGACUUCCUCAUACUGGAGGGCAAGGAGUUCAACGCACGGGUCAGGGACGCUAACGGAGAGAUCCAACAAAGCCUGCUAGACAAGGUGUGGCCGAAGCUGCGAGUACUGGCCCGGUCUUCACCCACAGACAAAUACACGCUCGUGAAGGGAAUGAUUGAAUCGAAGGCCUUCGACACCCGCGAAGUGGUGGCCGUGACGGGUGACGGUACUAAUGAUGGACCUGCGCUGAAGAAGGCUGAUGUCGGGUUCGCUAUGGGCAUAGCCGGUACCGACGUGGCCAAGGAAGCCUCCGACAUCAUCUUGACAGACGACAACUUCUCCUCCAUCGUGAAAGCCGUGAUGUGGGGCCGCAACGUCUACGACUCCAUUGCCAAGUUCCUUCAGUUCCAGUUGACUGUGAAUGUGGUGGCUGUUAUUGUGGCGUUCAUUGGCGCUUGCGCUAUCCAGGACAGUCCUCUUAAGGCCGUACAAAUGUUAUGGGUAAACCUGAUCAUGGACACACUCGCCUCUCUCGCUCUGGCCACGGAGAUGCCCACGCCGGACCUGCUGCAGCGCAAGCCGUACGGACGCACCAAGCCGCUCAUCAGCCGCACCAUGAUGAAGAACAUCCUCGGCCAGGCCAUCUACCAGCUCUUUAUUAUCUUCUCGCUGCUGUUUGUCGGUGACCGCAUCCUAAACAUCCCGUCAGGCCGAGGCCAAGCCCUCUCCACGGAACCGUCUCAGCACUUCACGAUCAUCUUCAACACGUUCGUCAUGAUGACGCUGUUCAACGAGAUCAACGCGCGCAAGAUCCACGGCCAGAGGAACGUGUUCCAGGGAUUGUUCACUAACCCGAUAUUCUACUCUAUAUGGAUUGGGACCGCCGCUUCGCAGGUGGUAAUCAUCCAGUACGGCGGCCUCGCAUUCAGCACAUCAGGCCUGUCUCUGGACCAGUGGCUCUGGUGCCUGUUCUUCGGAGCCGGCACCCUGGUGUGGGGGCAGCUCGUCACCACCGUGCCCACACGGAAGAUACCCAAGAAACUCUCAUGGGGUAGAGGCCAGCCGGACCCCGAGACCAUCCAGUCCGGGCCCGAAUACGACAACGACCUGGACAAGAAGCCUCGCGCCGGACAGAUCCUCUGGAUCCGGGGACUCACGCGUCUGCAGACCCAGCUGCGCGUGGUGAGAGCCUUCAAGUCUACCCUGGAGGACCUUGAGGAGCGCCUCUCGGCCCACUCGGCCGCCGGCCUGCGCUCGCGUCUGCGCGCGCCGCCCACAGACAUAGCCUACAUCGACGACGACAAAGAAACCACCAUCUUCUGAAAAAAAAAAACACCCCACACAACCCGAAAACCCCCCCACGUACUUAAAACUUAAAUCUCCCCCACAAAACCCGGUCCCUCGGUCCCGACAGUUAUUUAUAUUAAUUGCUUUGGAAUUCUGUUCUUUAGCCGUUAAGUUUUUUUUUUUUGUGUAAGUGUUGAGAGUUUAACGCUAGGUUUAUGUAGAUGUAGCAAUAAUGGUAGGCCGUGGUGUAGACCGAAGCGUGCCUCACACUGUUUGUGUCGCGGGCUGUGUUGCGGGGCGAGCCCGCGACUGUUAGUUGUUGAUCGUAGCGGUCGGAUGAUCGAUGUUAAAAGUACGGACGUAUAGUGAUUGUACAUAAACAGUGGACGUCGAGCUAACUUAUUGUACAUUGGAACAGUAUUUUUUAUAGAUCUAAACGAAAGAGAUUGAAUCUUCUCAUCUUUAUUUAAAUGAAAGAAACUUAAAUUUAAACUUUUUAAAUUAUCUCAUUCUCAUCUCUCAUUAGACUUUGAAAAUUUUACUAAAUUAUAAACAAAAAAUAUUUUAAAUUUUUACUCUUAAAUCUCACUAGCUUUUUGUGUAAGUAGGUUGUUAUCGAGGAGUUAAAUAUAUUUAAAGGAGAAUGUUAUCGGUAUCAGUAACGAGGUGUUUCUUUCAUAGUAAAUUUUGGGACCACUGACGCUACCCCGUCUUUGAAAACAUGCUGGGACUAUCGUUCUAACUUAUUCUAAAAGAAAUUAACAUAUUAAAUGAUAUAUCUUUGAACAAAUCACUAUAUAUAAACUAUUAAAAUUAUAUAUUAUUCUGCCUAAAGUUUAAUAUGAAUAAGACACUCCACGCUUAUUAACCUAAACAUGAGAAUUCUAAACUAUGUAUGUUGAAAAAACUUGGUUUUUGCAAAGUCAUAAUAGUAAGAAGUAUACAAAUAAAUACAUUUUGAAGCAAAAUCCAUAGCAUUUUAUUGUCCAUUCGCUAUGUAUUUUGGGGCCGUCUUUCUGAGUGAAUCGCUCUAUUUCAGAUGUUGACGGUAAGUUAGGUCUCGCUCGCAUAGGGACACCCUUAUUGUAAGUAUAUAGAGGCUACAUUGCCGUGACACCGCAGCGCAUAUACACAAUGUAAUAGUACGGAUAGAGCAUGGGUCGUCUUGUGUGCAUGAAACGAUCCGAUUACAUUUGACGAGAGAAGCUGCUUACAGCUAUUUAUUAGCUGCUAUCGAAAUAGCAGUUUAGGUUAAAAUGCUAUUUUAUCGUCAAAAAAUCGUUACCCGACCACCUCGGAGGUAGGUGAGGUUUAUUGUAUUUAAAAAGUCGCUGUUUUUUAUAGAAAAUGGCGGGUUUAGAAUCGUAGUUGUAAGAGAUGAUGUAUUAAUUGUUUUGUUGGUACAAAAUGUUGUUCUUUCUUUAUUUGCUUCGCAUUUACAGUGUGACCAUGCUUAUGUUACAGUGUUGCAUGUAUACAGUAAUGUUUGUGAGUAUGCACAAUUUGUUUUUUUUAUUAUUUUACUAGAUUAGUUGUAAAUUUGAGGCUCUGAUAACAUUCCCACUUUUUUAUAAGUUAACUUCUACUUGUAAAAAGUUUUUAAUACUUAACUAUUCAAACUAAAUUAAUUAUUUUAUAACUAAUCUGUUAUCAGAACCUCAAAAGGGUUAAAUAUGCGAAUUUUUAUUUUUUUUACCAAUAAUGUUACUGCCAAUAUUUCAUUGUUGAAAAAAAUAAUCCAUCACAAUAUAUACCAGACUUUUAACACGUAGUACAUAGGCAGCGUUUUAAAACCAUAAAAUAACGUAUCUCCACUAGUAUUACACCAAAAAGUAAAAGUGAAAUAUCAUACAGCAACAAUUUAUUAUAUUAAACCACAUUUUUUAAAGUUUUUAUUUUUGAUUUUAUCAGUUUUAUAUUUUGGUUGUGUACGUACUUAUUCUUAAGCUGAGUUAGUCUUUAUAUUUAUUUUAGAUUUUAUUUAGUAACAAUGAUUAAGUUCUUAUUUGUUAAAUAAAUACAUUACUUAACCGGCACUUCGAACUAUUAAAACUCAUUUUAAUAAAAGCAUAUUUUGAUUCA